AUGAUUACAAAAUGUUAUGUCCAAGUGUUUCGAUAUAGAAGAGUCUGUCAUAAUACCAAAUAUUCAUUCAAUUCAGUGGUGCUGGUCAAAUGGCUACACUCAGCUGGUUCAUCUUUAUCUCAAGCAAAUCCAUCAAAAGCAUCACUGUCAUCAUUAAGGUCAUCGGGUUUUCUCUACUAUGAAGAUCCACAUCGAUACAACGGAUCAGAUGAUAAUUUUAAUGUAUCUGCAACGACGACGACCAGUACAACUAAACCAAUUAUUCAUCUGGCCACACCUUAUUCCGAUAAAUACUAUCAACCGAUCAUCAGUCAAGGGGCCAAGGGGUUUGAUAAGUUGAUUAUUCCUGUUGGCUUCCGUGCUGAUAAUCAAACAGUGUUAUUAGAGGAGGAUAAAGAAGCACCGAUACAACAAGAUCAAUUACAGGAGAUUGUCAAUUCUUUUGAUGCGCCUAUUGAUGUGUCUAUUGGAUACGGGUCAGGGAUUCUACCUCAAGAUGGAUAUGACACAGAUAAAUCAACUACAAAUAAUACCAACAAAAAUUCAAAACAAUUAGAUUUUAUGUUUUUAGUUAAAGAUUGUCGGAAAUUCCAUGAAGAAAAUUUAAAACAAAACCGGGAUCAUUAUUCGGUUAAAUCGUUACGAUUAAUCAAUAAAAUUCAAGGAGUUAAUGGGAUGUAUUUCAAUCCAUUUAUCAAGAUCAAUGAAAAAUUGGUCAAAUACGGAGUUAUUUCUAGUAAAUCAGCAUUAAUGGAUCUUAGCGAAUGGCAUUCGUUAUAUUUUGCUGGCCGAUUACAAAAACCAGUUAAUUUUAUUACUGCCAAUGAUCCUCGAGUCAAGUUUUUGAAUCAAUAUAAUUUGAAAAAUGCCAUGACCAUAGCGAUAUUUUUGAUUGAUGGUGAAGGGAAUUCUCGACAAGCAACUUUUGAUGAACGACAAUUGUAUGAAGAAAUCACUAAAUUGUCGUAUUUAGGAGAUUUCAGAAUGUAUAUUGGAGGAGAAAAUCCGAAUAAGCUGAAAAAUAUUGUUGCUAAACAAUUCCAUCAUUUUAAAAAAUUGUAUGAACCAAUAUUGCAGUAUUUUAUUCAUAAGAACUUUUUGAUCAUUGUCGAUAAUGAUCCAAUCAAUCGAACCUUUAAACCAAAUUUGAAUGUUAAUAAUAGAAUCAAGUUGAUCACAGGGUUGCCUUUGAAAUUCCGUCAACAAUUGUAUGGAAGAUAUUAUGAAAAAUCAAUCAAGGAAAUUGUUAUUGAUGAUCAGUUGCUGCAGAAUUUAACCAAAAUAAUUAGUCGUACAAUAAUUAUUAGUUCAAUAAAACAGGCAAUUAGAGGAUUGUUAUCGGCCGGAUUAUUUAAUUCCAUCAAAUAUGCCAUUGCCAAACAAAUCAAAUUUUGGACGUCUAAUAAAUAA